UUAUUUAUUUUUUUUUUUUUUUUGAGAUGGAGUCUCGUUCUGUCGCCCAGGCUGGAGUGCAGUGGCGUGAUCUCGGCUCACUCCGCCUCCGGGGUUCAAGCGAUUCUCCUGCCUCAGCCUCCCAAGUAGCUGGGACUACAGGCGCCUGCCACCAUGCCUGGCUAAUUUUUUGUAUUUUUAGUAGAGAUGAGGUUUCACCAUGUUAGCCAGGAUGGUCUCGAUCUCCUGACCUUGUGAUCCACCCACCUCGGCUUCCCAAAGUACUAGGAUUAUAGGCAUGAGCCACCACGCGCGGCCUAGUUAGUGUAUUUUAACUAGCUACCUUAUUAAAUUUUCUCAUAAGUCCUUACAGUUUUUCAUAAGAGUUUCUAAAACAUUGUAGCUGAUUAUGCUAUAUGUCAAUUAGCAUUUCUGAUGGGCCCCUCCCUCCUUUCUCCUUGCCACCCUGCAUUGCCUAGGACUUCAGAACACCCUGGUCAGCAGCAGCAGUGAGGGUGCCCCCUCGUUACAGGAAUCCUUCCAGAGGUGUUUACACUCACCCAAGCAUGGAUGCACACUCAUUUCUCUCUGGUGUUAUAAUUGAUGGGCAGACCGCAAUGCACACGGAUCCAUGCAUCCCUUUGGUUGUCCUGGGAACUGCAUUCAGCAGUGAUACAUGGGCUGUGCAAUCAGGGCCCGCAGACACGGCCCUCAUCUGUGCAGGACCCUGGCCGGCAUUUGCUGACAAUAACAUGGCCAGUUGGUCUUUUCUAAAUAAAGCACCGCAUACAGAGGAAGUAUGCUGAGGCUGGGCUAGCAUCAGGUGUAGAAACUGCAGGCUGAGAAGGCAGCAGCCUGACCCGGCCUGUCAGUCACAGAAGUCCCAGAAUGCUGCCAGCGUUGCUGUUAGAGCACUUGUCUGCCCGAGUUUAUUUUCUCCAGGGGCACAUCAGGGGCCUGCUCUGGGCCAUGCAGAUGCCCAGGCUCUGCCCUGGAGGAGUGGGGGAAAAGUUGGUAUGAGCAUUUUAAAGAUGGGGAAGAGGGCUUUCCCCUCUAUUCCUAGUGGUUUCCCCUCCUUUCUGAAGCAGAAUUGCAGGACAGUUCCCGAGGGGCAGCAAGUCAGCCUCCACAAAGAGCUGGGGGUUGUGGGGUUUGGUGGUAGCGCUGAGAAGGGGUAGGGUGGCUUUCUCUUUGGCCUGUUUCCCCCACGCUGAGCUGCUGACCCUUUCCCAUGGAGGGAUCAGGAGGAGUCUUUGAUUCAGAACACUGAAACCUGGCACACCUGAGGAGAGUUAGAGGAGACAGGAACAAAAGCUCUCGCAGAGGACUUAGAGCUCUCAGGCAUCAGAUGGCAGGGGGACACAGCCACAUGCUUCCUCUUGCACUGAAGAGGGGUGCCUUUUUCCUGUUUGCUAAAUGCCAGACUUGUGGAUGGACCAACAGGACAGCUCGCCCAGCUUGAAGGUUUUUAACAGAAUGAAGCAAUGGGAAAAUGUUUUCAAAUUUCUGCCCCCCUUCCACUUUUGUUUUAACUUAGAGGAGGGAGUAAGGAGGCGGGUGUGGCAGUAUCAGAAAGGGAAACUAGCAGUGUAAUAAUAAUAUUAAUAGCACCAAGUGUAUACUGCAAGCCAAGUGCUGUUCUAUCUAAAUGCUCUAUAUACAAUGAUUUCCUUAAAUUCUCACAGUAAAGCAACAAGAAGAGACACAGUCCUACAGAGGAGGAAAUUGAGACAUAGAAAUUAAAUGACUUGCCCAAGGUCAUACUGAGAAAGUCAUGGUGUCAGAAUUCUAACUCAAACAUUUUGGUUCCAGUCUUCUGCCCUUUUUUAACUAAGCAAAAAAGGAAGCUGGAGAAGAACUGUACCCUGGAGAUGCCAGCAGUCUCCAAGGAGCUCCCCGCAAGCAUCCCAGAGGAAGGGGUGUCUGCCAGGGGUCUCCACUAUAGUUUCUCUUUUCCCCUUUGCAGCCUCAGAGCAGGCUGAACUCUCAGCCUUGUGCAUCUGUCCCUGUGCAUCUUCCUGCACCUCGUCCUCUUGGCUCUGUUGAGCGGCCCAUGCGGCCACACUGAUGGUGGGCAGGUGACAGACUGGCACGUGGCACAUGGGCUUUGGCACGCUUGGGGUCUCUGCAGCAGUGCCAGCUGCUCCCACUGUGCAAGACUGCUGCUGGCAGCGUGAACAGGAGGGCCACCAGCAGCAGUGAGUCUCAUUGCAAGAACACAGCUGGCAGUCCUCCGGGAGAGAAAAGCCGGGGUGGGCCAGGGCGUCUGGAAGAUGUGGGGUCUUCCCAUCCCCCACACCUAGGCUGAGCUGAACAGAGGGUAAGCUAAGAGUUUGGAUGUUUGGAGAGACAUGAGGAACGGUCAGGUGUCAGGAGGACAGGUGGGUUAAACAAUAAGGUGGGGCUUAGAGUGAGGGUGAACACGAGGGCAGAAAGACACUCAAGGCAGCUGGAAGUACAAAUGGCAGACUACAGCCUCAGCCACUUAAUGUUCACAGGCCACAAGGCAGCAUCUGGCUAGUCACUCAGAUCCUCUAAUAGACAAACCACCAAACACACACACACACACCCUGGCUGGACAGACUUCCAGAUGGACAGAAUCCCAGGGAAACACCCAGCUGGACAAACAGACGGAUUACUGACAGAUGGGAAGACCCUCAGCCAGACAUCCAAAUAGGCCUGUGGCCAGAGAGACACCUGGGCCCCCCCAGCCAGGCAAAGGUCAGAAUCCCUCAAGGACAGGCUCCUUCCCCAAAAUGGACAGAGACAUUAUCCCAGAGGAGAGAACACCCCACCCACCUAGUCAACCAGACCUUCAGCUGGAUGACAUGCCCUCCACCAGUCAGACAGACCUCAGCCUAUGAGGACAGGCCCUCAACAGGAUCCCUGCUGCUGGACAGAGAUCCUCUAGCCCAUAACGACUGCCCUUAAUAACCAUGUGUGCUCAGGGGCUCAGCCUCCAUAACUUUCCCAGAAAAUGUCCUUAUUUUCUGAAAGCUCACUGAUGCUUCUGUAUUCUACCUCCCUGGAUCUCCAUGGCCAUCCACGAACCCUCAAUGAUUAUACUGAGAGUCACUAUCGUACACUGAGCAGAGCUCUCAAUGACUUCCCAGACUCUUCUGACCCUUCAAUUACUAGCACUCCAAAUCCCAAUGGCCCCACAAUUACUUUCACUUCUUGUCCUAAGUAUCCACUGGCCUCCCAAUGACUGUCAUUAAUAUCUACUGACACCCCCCCAUGAACAUCCAAAGGACCCCAACUGACUUCCAAUGAAUUCCCUAUCACCACCAUCCUAAACGAUUACUAUUGACCUCCGACCUCCCUGAGAAUGCUCAAAGAUGAAACUGAUAAAUGAUGAACAUGAAUUUCACAGUGACUCCUUUGGACCCCACAAUAAAUCAAACAGCCCUAGCUGCUGAUCCCCACAGAGCCAUUUUGAUCUCUCCAUCACUUCAGCCAAGGUCAGCAAACGACAGCCUGUGGCCACACACACACACUAGAAUAAUUCAUGACACAUGAAAAUUACAUGAAAUUCUAAUUUCUUUGUCCAUAAAUGGUUUCAUUGGGACACAGCCACACUAUAUUGUCUGCUUUCAUGCUGCCACAGCUGAGUUAAGCAGCUGGGGCAGAGAUAGCAAAGCCAAAACCACUUCCUACCAGGACCUUUAAGAAAGUGUGCCCUUAAAUACUCUGAUGGCCCCUAGUGAAUUAAAUUGACCACCUGACAUCAUGCCCCUGUUGACCCUUCAGACUCAGGCACACAUCCAGGCCCCAAUGCUACCUUUCAACCCCUCAACGACCUCAAACUGGUGUCCACUGACGCCCCUUCCAGUGACACCCCUCUUAAUUCUUCCGACCUCGGUGAGAAGGGGGCUAACCUAGGCCUGUCCUUGAAGAGACCCAAGUGCCAGUCCAUUCUCUCCAGCCUCCCCUCGGUGAUCCCGGAAGCUGGAACAGCGGCUCUCCUCUGACCUCUGCACACUUUCUGAAGAUGGGAGUGUCAGGGCAGGCAAAAAAGAGAAGCUCUUCGUUCCCCAGAACCCACUUCCAGUGCCUCAGUUCUGUUUCCCAGCAGGCUUGUGCAGGUCGAGAUGCUCACACAGGACUGACCCUGGUGCCCCAGCGCAUCUGGGAAAAGGAGGAACCACAAGUUCCUCGGAAAAUACACAGAUAGACAAGAUCCCACUGCCACUUGGCCUUUCCCACGGCGUGGCUGCCCCUGCCCCGGCCUCCCUUGGGCCCGGCUGGAGCGCACAGCACGGGACGCCCCCGACCCCGGGUCCUCCGGCACGAGGGGCAGCCUGAUCUCGGCGACCGUCUUCACCCAAGGCUGCUGCCCGCCCCAGCUCGGACUGCGCGCGGCCUGGCUCCCAGGAGACCGGCGGGGGGGGGGCCGGCGAGACGGCUCGGCCGUCUACCCAGAGCCGGCACCCGGAGGUCGGCCCCGGGGCGCGGAUCCCGAGGUGGGGGCGGGUCCCAAGCGGCAGGGAGCGAACCUGGGACCAUGCCACCCCCCACCAGUGGGCGCGGCGGCCGAAAAAAAGGGGAAGCGCCAGCGCUGUACUCUGCUCAGGGCAGCCCGCGAGGACCAAGGGCUCCCGCCACAGCGGCCCGAGCGCCCGGGGUGGGGCUACGCGGGCUCAGAACCCGGUGGCUGGGGCGCCCUGCCCGCCGCUGCGCGCUUCCAUUGGCUGCCGAGGCCAGGGCGGAGACUCAGUCACCGGCCUCCGCCUCCCGCGGCGUCCACACUCGCGGCGCGCGCGGCGGCCGGGCUGGACCUUGCUGGCCCGCGGCGCCAUGAGCCGCAGCCUGGACUCGGCGCAGAGCUUCCUGGAGCGGCUGGAAGCGCGGGGCGGCCGGGAGGGGGCAGUUCUCGCCGGCGAGUUCAGCGACAUCCAGGCCCGCUCGGCCGCCUGGAAGGCUGACGGCGUGUGUUCCACCGAGGCCGGCAGUCGGCCAGAGAACGUGAGGAAGAACCGCUACAAAGACGUGCUGCCAUAUGAUCAGACGCGAGUAAUCCUCUCCCUGCUCCGGGAAGAGGGACACAGCGACUACAUUAAUGGCAACUUCAUCCGGGUGAGGGUUGGGGUCACGGAAGGAGGUGGACUGGGAGUGGCCAGGGGUGAGCAGCAGAAUCUCAGUAGUGAAUUCGGCCUUCACCAGGGCGUGGAUGGAAGCCUGGCCUACAUUGCCACGCAAGGACCCUUGCCUCACACCCUGCUAGACUUCUGGAGACUGGUCUGGGAGUUUGGGGUCAAGGUGAUCCUGAUGGCCUGUCGAGAGAUAGAGAAUGGGCGGAAAAGGUGUGAGCGGUACUGGGCCCAGGAGCAGGAGCCACUGCAGACCGGGCUUUUCUGCAUCACUCUGAUAAAGGAGAAGUGGCUGAAUGAGGACAUCAUGCUCAGGACCCUCAAGGUCACAUUCCAGAAGGAGUCCCGUUCUGUGUACCAGCUACAGUAUAUGUCCUGGCCAGACCGUGGGGUCCCCAGCAGUCCUGACCACAUGCUUGCCAUGGUGGAGGAAGCCCGUCGCCUCCAGGGAUCUGGCCCUGAACCCCUCUGUGUCCACUGCAGUGCGGGCUGUGGGCGAACAGGCGUCCUGUGCACCGUGGAUUAUGUGAGGCAGCUGCUCCUGACCCAGGUGAUCCCACCUGACUUCAGUCUCUUUGAUGUGGUCCUUGAGAUGAGGAAGCAGCGGCCUGCGGCCGUGCAGACAGAGAAGCAGUACAGGUUCCUGUACCACACGGUGGCUCAGAUGUUCUGCUCCAUGCUCCAGAAUGCCAGCCCCCACUACCAGAACAUCAAAGAGGUACAGAGGCCCCUUUCCCACUCUCCUGUCCACCAUCAGCACCCUCAGAGACCAGGACCCCGAGCACGGUCCAGCCCCCGGGACUACUGGGAGCAGGCACUGACUAUGACAUCCACCUGUGCCCUCCUCCAGGCAUCCUUAUCGGGCUCUCCCGUCUUGAGCUUUCUCCCAGAGCCCCGUGAGAGGCCUGGCCAGCUUCCUCCCUCAGGAGCCUCCCCUCCUGUUUUUCUUCAGAAUUGUGCCCCACUCUACGACGAUGCCCUCUUCCUCCGGACUCCCCAGGCACUUCUCGCCAUACCCCGCCCACCAGGAGGGGUCCUCAGAAGUAUCUCUGUGCCCGGGUCCCCGGGCCACGCCAUGGCUGACACCUACGCGGUGGUGCAGAAGCGCGGGGCUCCAGUGGGCGCCGGGCGUGGGACGGAGACGGGGACGGGGGCGCGCAGCGCGGAGGAGGCGCCGCUCUACAGCCAGGUGACGCCGCGCGCCCAGCGGCCCGGGGCACACGCGGAGGACGUGCGGGGGACGCUGCCUGGCCGCAUUCCUGCUGACCAAAGUCCUGCCGGAUCUAGCGCCUACGAGGACGUGGUGGGUGGAGCUCAGACCGGUGGGCUAGGUUUCAACCUGCGCAUUGGGAGGCCGAAGGGGCCCCGGGACCCGCCUGCUGAGUGGACCCGGGUGUAAGUCUACGCCAGCUCCUGCCUGUUGCCUCUUGUGAGCUCGGACUGCUGAUGCCCCAGCGCUGCUGAGCGCCGUGUGCAGAAUGGAAACAGUGGGCCUGGAUCAAAGUAAAAGUGUCUCAGGGUGGGAAAUGUGGGGGCUUUGCCCCAGUGACUGUAGCAUUCAAGGCUUGAGGCUGGAGGAGGUAGCUAGCGUAUAAUGGCUGGUGAGGCUGCACAGAGCAUAUUCAAGAAAGAAGAUCAGGAAGGGGCAUGACCCCGAGUUAUGAAGGGGAGAAGGGACAGAUGAGCUUCCAGAGACUGCUCUCUUCACCACAUAGCACUAGUCCAUCCUCAGCACCUGAGCCUCCCUCAUUUGGACACUCAGGGGACCACACAGAGAAGUGGAUGGACACUUCGCCAUCCAGGCGGAACUAAGCCAGGCAUAACCACAGCCAAGCAGAUUAACCCCAGGCAGACCGAUAAAAAGACCUCCAGAUAGGCAGACAGAUGGACCACCAACCUUUACAGACAGCCAAACCUUCAGAGAUACAGUCCACAGGUGGACGAAGGGACCCCCAGCCAGAGAGAGAGAGACCAGCCAACAGCUUGAUAGACCAGUGCAGCCAGAGACACCACCAAACAGAGCCCCCAAAAGACAGACACCUCUGCUAGCUGGACAGCCAGGUGGACCCCCUAAGUUAGACAGAUUACUAGACAGAUAUAAACAGAUCCCCUGCUGAACAGACACACAGAGUUCUCAGACCCCACCCCCACCCUCAGGUGGGCUGGCUGGCUGACAGACCUUCUGGCCAGACAGACAGACAUCAGCCACAUGGAAUCCUGACAUCCCAGCCAGCCGGCCAGAGUCUCAUCUUGAUGUCUUGAUGGAUGGACCCCGGCUAGUCAGACAUGAUCCUCCAGACUGACAGACAAGUCCCCCAAAUGAGUACACAUCUCCGGCUAUUCAGACAGAUGGACCCCCAGCAAAUCAGGCCCUAUCUAGACAGACCUCAGCCAGACCCCAGCCAGACAGACUCCCAACCAGACUGACCCCUUGCUGUUCACACAUCCUGCCGAGUAGCUGGGACUACAGGUCUAAUUUUUUUUUUUUAAGAGAUGAGUUUUUGCCAUGUUGCCCAGACUGGUCUUGAACUCCCAAGCUCAAGCAAUCCUCCUGCCUCAGCCUCCCAAAGUGCUGAGAUUACAGGUGUGAGCCACCAGGCUCAGCCCCCUAAGAUUUGAAACACUUUAAAUGGCCCAUGGUAGGGUUCCUGCUAGGAUAAAACAUUAAGCAGCUGUUAAAAGAAAAAAAAGGAGGACGCGUCUCUGUGCACUGGUGUGGACAAAUCUCCAAGUCACUGCAAAAUGGAAAAAGUAUAAGAUGCUCUUUCCCUGAACCUCAAGGGUCCUGCUCCUCUCACUUUCAGGUCUCUGGACCUCUGACUGACACUGUGCCUGCCCAGGUCCCUGUAUGCACUGCCGCAGUGCCCUGGGCCCCAUGUCCACCCCUGUCCUGCCCUUCUCUGGGUGAGGGCCAGCCUUCCUCUGCCUCUGCCUGGCUGCAUCCGUGGUUGAUCUCAAGUGCCUUGGCAUGAACUCCACUCUCCUGCAGCCUUCAAUCAGGGAAUGAUGGGGAUGUGUAUGUACCCCACCCCACCGCUUGGCAGGGUGAUGCUGAGGUGUGAAUUUUUAACAGUUCCCAGACUUUCCCAGGAGGCUUGGGUUUGGGUGCCCACAGUGGGAGCCGGUGUGCUAUCAUACCUUCGCCGGCCACCUUUCCUUCCUGUUCUCUGUGCCCCUACUCCCACUCUAGAGCUGCCCCGUUUCUCUGUUUUCGUGAAAGAGCUGACCCUGUGCCACGUCACACUCUCCCAAUGCCCCGCCACACCUGUGAGCCUGCUGCUGGUGAGGUCAGUGCUGACCUCUGUGUUGCUGGAUAAUGAGUCAUUUAUCUCUGGAGGAGAGGAAAGGCAGGUCCUCCACAGCCCUGAUAAAAUCUCCAAGUCUCCCAGUUUCGGGUCCCUCUCCUGGGAUGCAGACCCACUGCCUGCUCAGGUGGCACGAUCCACAUCCCCUCUUCUUGGGAAUAGUGGCAUGGGAAAGUGACUAAAGAUACUGUUCUGGCUGCUGUGUUCACCGUGAGUAAUAAACUGUCCAUUUCUCCGAUUCAGAGGUCUGUUUUUUUUUCCUUUUUUUCUUCCCCAAAGAUGGAGUCUUGCUCUGUCGCCCAGGCUGGAGUACAAUGUCGCAAUCUUGGCUCACUGCAACCUCUGUCUCUGCCUCCCAGGUUCAAGCAAUUCUUCUGCCUCAGCCUCUCAAGUAGCUGGGAUUAAACGCAUGUACCACUAUGCCCAGCUAAUAUUUGUAUUUUUAGUAGAGAUGGGGUUUCACCACGUUGGCAAGGCUGGUCUCGAACUCCUUACCUCGUGAUCUACCUGCCCCGGCCUCACGAAGUGCUGGGAUUACUGGCGUGAGUCACUGCGCCCGGCCUUGGUCUGGUGUUCUAUACACAUGUGAAUGUGAUGUGGAGCUGUGCAGGCCACCUUGUCAGCGUGCGAGGAGGGUCCAGUCUCUGCACCUUCUUGGUUUCUGACUUCACACCCAGUAGCCUCACUCCUGGCCCAGCAUGGCAAGCACAGUUUCCACUCAGGCAUUUGCCCUGGUUAUUCUCUCUGCCUUGGAUACUUUUCUCCUAGAUUCUGCCUCUAAUAUAUUUGAACAUUUACCUCUUAAUAUUGUUUCCUAUCUGUCUCUCCUGAUCAGAAUGUAAGCUGCGUGAGAGCAGGAGUUUUUGUUUGGUUUACAGCUACUGUCCCAGCUCCUAGAACAGCACUGACACUUAGGAAGUGUGCAGGCUGAUUUAUCUCACACCAUUUACUCCGGGUUUCCUCACUUCUAGUAAAGUAUGAUAUCUCGUCUCAAAUAUUCUCUUCCCCUUUCCAGACCCAUGUCUUUGCUCAUGUAGAUCACUACUUCAGGCUGACAUAAAAACCGUUCUCUUGUUAAGAAAGCCCAGCAAUGGGAGAGCCAAUCCUCCACCCGUCUCUUGCUCUCCUACAGGUCUUUCCUGGAGGUAGUGGGUUGAAUGGUGGCCCCCAAAAAGAUAGGUCCAAGUCCUAACGUCUAGAACCUGUGAAUGCGACCUUAUUUGGAAAAAGGGUCUUUGCAAAUGUAAUUAAAAUACCUGGAGAUGAAAUCAUCCUGGAUUUAGGAUGGGCCCUAAACCCAAUGACUGAUGUCUUUAUAAGAGAAAGGAGAGGGAGACGCAGAGACGGAGAGAAGAAGGUCAUUGGAGAUGGAGGCAGAGAUGGGGAUGAAGCGUCUGCAAACCAAGGAAUGCCAAAGAUUGCCAGCAAACCGCCGGGGGCCAGGAGAGAGGCCUGGCUGAUUCUCCCUCACAGACAGCGGAGGGAACCACCCUGCUGACCCCUCAGUUUCAGGCUUUGGGACCUCAGAACUGUAAGAGAAUAAACAUCUGUUUUGAGCCACA